AUGAAGCUCCCAAUAUUCUCUAUAUUUCUGAGUAUUACUUGUGUUCUUUCAAGGGCUGAUGAAUCCAAAAAUAAUCAUAUUUCAAAUGGAAAGUUUUUGGAUGAUGACGAAGCUUUUGCACAUUUUUCACGAGGGGAUUCUCCAGACUUUAAUAAGAAGAUUAAAAAAGACCUUUUAGAAAUGAAGUCUAAAUUUGAUGAAAUCAUUUCUACUUUACAAAACCAACAACAAAAUAAUUUAGAUGAUUCUUUAAAACCACUAGCUGAGUAUCUAAGUGGUCGAAGUUUGGAAGAUGAUCUUGUUUCAUCUAUGCUAAGUUACUUUAAAGGACAUGAUACUAUACAAGAAUGCAAAAUUUUUCAAAAAAUAUAUUCAUCUGCUCUUAAUAAUUUUGAUAAGAAUAAUAAAGAUGAUGCUAUGGAUAAACUGCAUUCACUUCUUUCAAACGAUGAUUUGUGUGAAAAGUUAUUAAAGCAUUUACAAAGUAUAUGUCUUAGCAUUAAAAAUGAACAUGAUUCAAUCAAAGAUUAUACCCAGGAAACUUGUAGUCUUCAUCUUGCAAAAUGUCAUGAUUUGAAAGAUUCAUGCGGUGAAACUUUGAAAGAAUCAUGUAAAAAGUUAGAAGAAGAAUGUAGAAAAAUACAACAUACUACUGAGGACAAAACUCACGUUCAUCCAAAAGAUUUAUUUGUUAAAGUUCAUACUGUACUAACUACGCAUACUAUAGUAGCAAUGGAGACUAUAAUUGCUCCAGAUAUUUAUGUAGAGACGUUAAUAGUAACAAAAACAUGUUGUUUGGGUAGACCAGCUCCAACGCAUACAGAACCGGAACCUGAGCCUGAACCUGAACCUGAACCUGAAGAUCCAGAGGAAGGGGAACCAGAUGAACAACCGGGUGAAGAGGAGCCAGAUGAAGAACCAGGAAAAGAGGAAUCAGAUAAAAAGCCAGAAGAGGAACCAGAGGAAGAGCCAGAGGAAGAGCCAGAGGAAAAGCCAGAGGAAGAGGUGCCAGAGGAAGAAGAGCCAGGGAAAGAGGAACCAGGGGAAGAAGAAAAGCCAGAAGAGGAGCCAGAGGAAGAAAAGCCAGAAGAUCAGGAGCCUGAACCUGAGCCGGAGCCUGUGCCAGAAGAACCGGAUCAAGAAGAAUCUGGUGAUUCAGAUGAUAAAGAUUGUACAAUUACAAAGACAACAACAGUAACGCCUGAAGGUACAGAGAAACCUGGAAUAGAUGAUAAAGGUUAUGGUGUUCGAGUACAAGGGUUUGAAAGGGCAGGAAUAAUUUGUUUAAUUAUAGGAAUAACUUCUGGAGUAUGGAUAUUUGUUUAG